UCAAGAGAACAGGAAACCCAAGUUGACGGGAAACCCAAGUGACAUUUAGUUUUAAUGAAUGACUUAAAACCCCAAUAUUGCUCGCCAGGAAAUGGGGAGAGGAAAUUGAGCGAUGUUUUGAGAGUAUAAAUUAGGGGCUCCAUCAAGGUGAAGGCUACAGAUCGGCUUUUUACCCUCCUGUGAAAUUCAGCCGAGAGCUGGGCCAAGAGGAAGGCAGCUCAUUUUCGCAGCAUGCAAACCUGCUCAGCCCUGCUCUGCCUGCUCCUGGCUGCCUGCACCCUGCCUGCCAGGUGCUCGCCCACCGACCCCAGCUGCCUCCACUUCUCGGAGCUCCUGCCUGCAAAGCUCAAAGAGCUGAGGAUCAAGUUUGAGGAAAUUAAGGAUUAUUUUCAAUCAAAAGAUGAUGAACUUAACAUCCAGUUGCUCAGCUCCGAACUGCUGGAUGAAUUUAAGGGGAGCUUCGGCUGCCAGUCCGUGUUGGAGAUGAUGCGGUUCUACGUGGAGGAGGUCCUGCCCAGCGCCAUGGGGACCAGCACGCACCACCGGCAGAGCGUGGGGGACCUGAGCAACCUGCUGCUGAGCCUGAAGGCGAUGAUGAGGCGCUGUAACAGAUUCUUCGUGUGCGAGAAGAGGACCAAAACCAUAAAGCACAUUAAGGAGACGUUCGAUAAGAUGAACGAGAACGGAAUCUACAAGGCCAUGGGAGAGUUCGACAUUUUCAUCAACUACAUCGAAGAGUACUUGCUGAUGAAGAGACGGAAAUGAAAAUGCCCAGGGGUCUGCGUCUUUCGCACAAAAUCCUGCUGUUUUUUCAGAGAUCACUUUAGGCUGCAAGAACACACAAGAGACUAAGUUAUCUUAGGGUUCA